UUUGAACCUAAAGGAGUUUUGUGCCGAGAAGCAGUGAAUGAUUGUGAUAUUGCAGAGAACUGCACAGGAAAUUCCAGUCAGUGUUCUCCCAAUAUUCAUAAAAUGGAUGGAUAUUCAUGCGAUAACAAGCAGGGUAUUUGUUUUGGAGGAAGAUGUAAAACCAGGGACCGGCAAUGUAAAUAUAUCUGGGGGGAAAAAGUGACAGCUGCUGACAGGUACUGCUAUGAGAAGCUGAAUAUUGAAGGGACUGAGAAAGGAAACUGUGGAAGAGACAAGGACUCUUGGAUACAGUGCAAUAAACAAGAUGUGCUUUGUGGAUACCUUCUGUGCUCCAAUAUAUCCAGUGUGCCCAGACUUGGAGAACUUGAUGGUGAAAUCACAUCGUCAGUCUUGCAGUUUGGAAAAGUCUACAAUUGCAGUGGUGGACAUGUGAAGCUCGAUGAGGAGACAGACCUGGGCUAUGUGGAAAACGGGACACCGUGCGGGCCAAACAUGGUGUGCCUCGAGCAUCGCUGCCUCCCCACUGAGGCUUUCAACUUCAGUACCUGCCCAGGCACCACAGACAGCCAAAUUUGUUCCGGACAUGGUGUUUGUAGCAAUGAAAUAAAGUGUGUCUGUGACCGAUUCUGGGGAGGAGAUGACUGCAGUUCUCGCAUCAAAGAUGACAUAUUUUUUGAUAAAGAUAUCAUCAAUAAAGGUGUUGUUAGCACAAAUAUAAUAAUAGGGGCUAUUGCUGGCACCAUUUUAGUGUUGGCUCUCGUUUUAGGAAUAACUGGUUGGGGUUACAAAAACUACAGAAAACAGAGACAAAUACCCCAGGGAGAUUAUGUAAAAAAACCUGGAGAGGCCGACUCUUUUUAUAGCGACAUGCCUCCUGGAGUCAGCACAAACUCUGCAUCUAGUUCUAAGAAGAGGUCUGCUUUUCUGUCGCAUUUUCAGAUUUCUACCUGUUCCAUCACCCAUUAUUCCAUUAGUCAGAACAUUUCAUUGUUUUGCAGCAGGUCAAAUGGACUAUCUCAUUCCUGGAGUGAAAGGAUCCCAGACACAAAACAUAUUUCAGAUAUUUGUGAAAAUGGGAGGCCUAGGAGUAAUUCUUGGCAAGGUAAUAUAGGAGGAAACAGAAAGAAAGUCAGAGGCAAAAGAUUUAGGCCACGGUCUAAUUCAACCGACAGGGUAACCCAUGCAUCUGAGCCUGGGCUUUCUCUCGCCCACCAAAUCCCGGCCCAAGGCAUAAGCCCAGGGGGUUCUGACCACCCCCAAACAGGGAGUCGGGAUCACAGGUAUUUAAACCCAUGGUUCAAAAGAGAAUGUAAUGUAGCUAAGUGGGUAGAAGAUGUGAAUAAAAACACUGAAGGACCGUACUUUAGGACGCUGUCUCCUGCAAAGUCUCCAUCUUCAUCCACUGGAUCUAUUGCUUCCAGCAGAAAAUACCCUUACCCAAUGCCACCACUUCCUGAUGAGGAGAAAAAAGCCAACAGGCAAAGUGCCAGGCUAUGGGAGACAUCCAUUUAGCUGCACUGUUUUCCUGGCUGACAUCAGAACUGUUUACUUCGAAUUUUAUAGGAACUCAGCAUCACUGAGUCAUUGCACAUUCAUCUGCUCUUCAGACAAUUCAAAAGAUCAACAAAGAUGCCUGUGAUCACAGAGAGAAACUCCUCUCAUCUGGAAGGAAAAAAAAAAAGCAGUCUUUUUCUUUCUUUCUUUUUUGUUGACUAGUAUUCUAUGGAUUUGAUGAACGACCAAAUCAUAACCAUUAAGAGGGGAUAAUUAGCCCAGAUGUAACAAGGCUAUUCCGCAUGAUGACAGAUACGCAUACCUAGAAUCCCAACUGCAGUCCGUUUGCCAGUCCCGUGUAACAGAGGUUUUUCUUUGGUUAAAUACGGUUCCGAGUCAAACCAGAGUGGAACUGGGACUGCAGCUCCUGGAGAGCCCAGCCAAUGUAAACUUGUAUGCUGAAUGCAUGAACCUUGUGUUCUUUACUUUCCACGUGUAAGGGAUAAACAACAUACUCUAGUAGAAGUUAGCAUGCAGGAGUAAGAAAUAUAGGAUUUUUUUGUGACAGGAUUUCAAGCUUUGGAAGGCAACUAUUUGACACAAACGUCAAACAAACCAGGAUUAUAUCUUUUUUUUUUUUUAACCUUACAUGUUUAUAAUCUCAGUAUACAGAUUGUAUAUAUGUAAACAUUUGAUAAUGUCAAAAAUAGCUGUUAUACAUAAGUGUAUUUUGCCAAAUGCCUGAAGAAACUAUCAUGACUAACAUCAUCACACUUCAAAUUUUCUAAUACUACAAGCAGACAACUUUGGAAAUAC